AUGGGUGCAGGAGUUCCACUUUUCACUACAGCCAGCAAGACUUCACCAUCUCUGAAAGAACUCAUGCUUCUUCUGACUGCUAAGAAUCUGAAGCUCUCAAUCCAGCAUGCCAUCUGGUCUGGCAUGCAUGAUGCCUUCUUUUGCAUGUGGAAUCAGGCUGUGGACAGGUGCUAUCUGACCACCAGCUUCUAUAAUAUUGGCAAGGAGGUGGUCUUGCUCUGGAGCUUUCUGUUGCACCAGAAGCCAAUGCAUGCAUCCUGCAUGUUCAUCUGCCAUGUCCAGCAAAGAAUGAUGUCUGAGGCCUCAGACUCCAGCUAUAUCCAACACCAGUCAGUAGAGCCAGCAUGCAGGAGUGAGGAUGAAGAUACAUAUCAGCCAGAGCUUAAUAAGAGCAGUGAAGAUGAAGAUGAAGAGAGUACCAGCAACCUGAAUGAACAUUCAGCAGAUAAUGUACUGGUUGCUGAUGUCCAGGCUCCUGAUUCAGAACAUGAAUGUCCACAGGAAGGGUUCUGGUGCAAGCAGUUCUAUCUGCUGUCAUUUCUGUAUGAUCUGGAGUCCAUGAUGCUAGAGCUGCACUGGUGCUCUCCACUUUGCUACUGGGGUCUGCUCUACUGCCAGUUCUACAACACCAUCAAGAAGAUCUUUGUGGCUGGCCAGCAUUUUCCAUUUGCAAAUAAGAAUCUGGACAUGUUGACUCUGGAUUCUGGACUGGUAUAA